CCCCGCUGCCCCGUAGUCCAUCUUUGACGCGUAAUGAGGCGCGAUAGCAUGUCUUGUAGGCAUCGCGCGUACAACGUUUGUGUGCCGUUUCGCUUCGCGCUUUUCGAUUGGACCGCGUGUUUGAAUGAGUGCCGUGUCGACUGCUUUUGCUACUGCGGCUACAGUGAACGGGUACAGGUUACGGGACGGGUCCGAGACGUGCGCUGCUGCCCCGUAGCCGAAGCACCGUAAAAAUAUAAUGCGCGUAUGUUUUCGUCCGUUGUGAAUGCCGAUGUUGGUUAAAAGGUAUGACGGGGAGGUGACUUGAAUGCGGUUUGGUGUCUGUCACGGGCGUUUCUGACAAUUUUAACUGAAACAAGUAAUUCAAAAGUGGCCGUGCGACUUGAACCUUGUCUGUGGUCCUACGUUGUUAUGUGUCGCCGUGAUGCCGAUGUUGCGUUUUUUAUUACGAUGGAGUUAAGCCGGCGUGGCCCGUGUGUCAAGCCUUCUCUCCUCUCGGCUGAAAGAGCCGAAGUCCUCAAGAAAGCGGCUAGGGCGCGUAUAAAGGCGCAUCGCAGACGCUGGAUCAAUCGGUGCGCCAACCCGGAUGAAGUUUGCGAGGAUGCUGGUUACGAAGCGGUACCAACAAUGACACUUUGCGAAUCCCGCGCCAGAGAAGUGGAAGAACAAGUGGACUACGGCCGAUCGAGUCCCGAGAUGCUGCCAGAUCGAGAACCGCGACUUGUGAAGCAAGGCCGGGACCUUACAAGUCCGCUCAAGCAUGACCCAGUCGUUGUCACACCUGUGAAGGAGUCUAAAGCGAAGCCGAAGUGCGUCGCCAAGAAAAGUCGGGCCAGUCGCAAGACGCGUACGAAAGGGUUGGAGGUUCCCGACCAGUUGGCAUCAGGUACCGGUGAUAUGCUUCAUCAGUGGCUACUGAAGUCCAUAGAGGUCAUGGACGAAGACUCUCGCUCAACUGACUCUCCGAGUCAGAGCCAGCCUGGUACACCCCUGCAGGCCAGCCACAGCCCAGGCGCCGUCAACCUCGGACUGGUCGCUGGCGAAGCUGCGCGUCAUCCGCAAACGUCCAAGUACACGCAGCUCCUGGCAGUCAUUGAGGAGCUCGGACGCGACAUCAGGCCGACAUACGCUGGGAGCAAGUCGUCAGCCGAGCGCCUCAAGCGAGGCAUUGUGCACGCACGCAUUCUUGUCCGGGAAUGUCUGAUGGAAACCGAACGCAACGCAAGGUCGUAGCGCGGCCAACGUCGGUGAAAGCCGAGCUGCACACCACCAUUGUGAGACGCGUUUGCAGCACUGACAGCGAGGAAACAUGCAUCAUACCUGGCUCUGCUUCUCUACGGCGUGUUGGUCUGGCAUCUUUACUGUCAGAAUCCUAAGUGAAAAAUUGGGCACAAGAAAUGCAACAGAGAGGGACUCUAGCUUCUCGCAUCACUGUUUCAUAGUUCUCAGUGCUGUCCACGCGUUUCAUAACCUUAUCUAAUGCAUCCUUGACCCCACACAGCCCAACUUCCCAUUGUUUCUUAUGCAUACUUUGAAUAUGCCAGAUUGAAAAUGCAUAGUUUGAAAAUGACUAUUAUAAUACUAAUUAUUUGCUAUGAUAAGCAUGUUACUCAAGUAACGUUUAAUUGCCUUACCAUUUGGAGGCGUGAAUGUACUGCUAAUAGCCAGCAAUUAUAACUGAACAAGUUAUGGUAAUCCUUUUUUCUGAAAUGUUGCUUGGGCUUUUGCGGGGUUGAUUAGGUGGUGCGUCUUUCAAGAGAUUCAUAAUGUAUAUCGAAGAUGAACUUUCCUAGACUGCCAAUUCAAUGUUCUAACGACACCUUUCUUGUUUGGUUUGAGGACAGAGCAACCCUUUAAGAUUAUAAAGUGCAUUUUCUUGCAAAUAGGCUGUUCAGAGCGAUGUGGUAAGACGCACGACGGUCUCGCAUCUUUGUAGGACAUGCCUGAAUUUAAUUUUAUUUUAAAAUCCGAGUGCUGAAAAUCGCUCAUAGUUGUCGCAAUGCCAUUUUAUGAUGCAAACUAGUGUGUCGUUUCGUACUUGUACCAGCGUUUCUGUCUCAUGUUGGUGCUGACAACGCUCCAUAUACAUGUCACUUAGCGCACCAUGGGAAUGGAAAAGCCAUUUUUGUCACCUUCGUUAGUUUAUGGUUUUUGAGGUUGCAGCAGUUUAGAAGUAAUAAGCAUUUUGAAAUUUUACUUAUGUAUAACUUAUGAAGAGCGCAUGCAUGGUGUCUGGCAGCAACAACCAUAGUGCAAGGUCAUCUUGUGCAACGCUCCUCAUAUUUCACUUUUGGGGCGAGAAGGUCAUGCUGUACUGAAGUGUGCAUUGUGAAAUCGUUAUAUGUUCAGUUAGCAUUCACAGCCAAGCCAGGCACAAUCUUGGAGACUCGAAGGUGCUUUGUUAAACAGCACCCUUGAAUCAAUCUCUGAAUCUCGAAACUUCAAAAUAAACCACACUUUCCUUUUGUUAACCAAAUAAACUUGCGGCAUGCACCGAUCUCAGCGCGCUGCUUUUGAUACGGAAGCCAGUGGCAUAUUGUACAAAUGUGCGUGCCAAACAUUGUGUACAAAAUGAAGGAAUAAAAAAAUUACCAAAGCAA